GAUAACUACAUGCAGCAGGAUGCACAUGAGUUCUUAAACUAUCUAUUAAAUACAAUUGCGGAUAUCUUGCAAGAGGAAAGAAAACAAGAGAAACAAAAUGGUCGCCUACCUAAUGGCAACAUCGACAAUGAAAAUAACAGCCCACCAGACCCAACCUGGGUUCAUGAAAUCUUUCAGGGAACAUUAACUAAUGAGACCAGAUGUCUUACAUGUGAAACUAUAAGCAGCAAAGAUGAGGACUUCUUAGACCUUUCAGUUGAUGUGGAGCAGAAUACUUCAAUCACUCAUUGUUUAAGGGGUUUCAGCAAUACAGAAACUCUGUGCAGUGAAUACAAAUAUUACUGUGAAGAAUGUCGCAGUAAACAAGAAGCACAUAAAAGGAUGAAAGUAAAAAAGCUGCCUAUGAUUCUAGCUCUCCAUUUGAAGAGAUUUAAAUACAUGGAUCAGCUGCAUCGAUACACAAAACUCUCUUAUAGAGUAGUUUUUCCUUUAGAGCUUCGUUUAUUUAACACCUCAGGAGAUGCCACCAAUCCUGACAGAAUGUAUGACCUUGUUGCUGUGGUAGUUCAUUGUGGAAGUGGCCCUAACAGAGGACAUUAUAUUGCAAUAGUGAAGAGUCAUGAUUUUUGGUUGCUUUUUGAUGAUGAUAUUGUUGAGAAAAUUGAUGCACAAGCUAUUGAAGAAUUCUACGGGUUGACAUCAGACAUCUCAAAGAACUCUGAGUCUGGUUACAUCCUCUUCUAUCAGUCUCGGGAUUGAGGGGGAGCUGUAGUGAAGAGAGAUUUUUAUGCCUCACAUCUUCUCUAUCUUGGAGUGGAGCAAGCACUGAAAAAAAGGAAAGCAGGGAGCUCCAGGGACGGUAGCAGAGUUUGCACACAACUAAGCAAAGAGUUUCGGAUUCUUAAAACCUUUGUAUCAUUUACAUUUUGUUUGCUCAGGUAUCAUGCUGACUACACAUCUCCACUGCAUCCCAUAAGCAAAAGAGAGAUACCAGCCACUCUUGCAGGAGCUUUCUGUUAGGUAAUAUUAUCUCUGUGGUCCUAAUUCAAAGCCCUUUAAGGUCACUGGAGAGCCUUUCAUGGACUUCAGUGGAAUUUGAAUCAGGUUCCAACUGCACUGCCAGAUCGGUGCAAUAGGAGCAUUAGAAAUCUGUAUUUUAUACAGACCUUGUGUAUAAAAGGUAAAGAACUCUUUGUGAACUUAGUUUCCUGUGCUUAAGUUUAAAAGAAUUAGAUUGGGAGGGUUAACGUGUAAGCAAGAAGAUAUAUCUGGGCCCAACACAAUUGCCUUCUUGAUGGUAGUAGUUUACCUGAA